AUGGAGAACACCAUGAUAGACACAAACAGCACCCUUGCAGCUGAGGGCGACAACUUGGCUGUGGAGGUGGACCUGUAUGAUCUGAAUAACUAUGAUGUCCCAGACCCUGGGGUUCUCUCGGAAAAGAAUGAGCUGGAUCUCAUGGAGCCUCCACAGGUCCUGCAGCUCUUUACUAACAGCCAGCGUUGGCGGAACAUGACACUGUGUUCCCGGGCCAGACAGCUGUGGCUGCACCUACGGGCAUACCUCCACGACAUUGUAGAAAAUGAAAAAAGAUCAGAGCUUCGGGUCUCUCGCUUGACCCAUGGGCUGGAGCCACUGCGUCGCCUGGAGGUGGCAGCUGGGCUGUGCUCAGUAGCACAGGAUUUAAUGGGUAGACGCUUCGUGGUGCUAGAUGGUGCAGGUUACCUGCACCAGCAUACAAAGGAUGGCUGGAUAAUGGUGAAGUUGCAGGCUCCUGUGGCACUUAAUGGGCUGGUGACCAUGCUGGGCCCUCUGGGAGAGGUGGGUCGCUUCGUAGGUUGGGGCCCUGCUGGUGUGGCCAUACUGGGGCCAGACUUCAACCUAAUGUGGCUGAGCAAGCCACAGGUGAGCAAGAAACUGGGCCAGGAGCCCAUUUGCUGCUUACCGGUACCCAACCUGGGGCUGUUGCUUGUGGCCCAAGUCAGCGGCAGCCUGGAGCUCUGGAGGUUCCGUUCAGGUGGUCGCCGCCUGGUGUCCUGUGGUUUACCCUUGCAUCCACCACCAGGCCUGACAGGCUCCCUCCAGCGUCUGACUCUAGGUCCCACAACUAACCGUCACACACCCCAGCAUUGCUUCGCUGCCUAUGGCUCAGCCGUGCUCACUUUUGAUCUGAACUCCUGGGCUCUCGUAGAUGUAUGCCAGGAUCUGCACAAAACCAUCAUCUCUGACCUGGAGUACUGUGAGGAGGUAGAGGCCAUGGUGACAGCUUCCUGGGACAGUACAGUGAAGGUGUGGGAGGCUGACUGGCAGAUCCGGAUGGUGUUCGUGGGCCACACAGGCCCGGUGACAGCUAUGACUGUGCUCCCGAACAGCACACUGGUGGUGUCCGCCUCGCAGGAUGGGACGCUACGCACGUGGGACCUGCAGGCAGCAGCUCAGGUGGGAGAGGUAACCCUGGGCAAUUGGAGCUGGAAUUCACCCUCUAGGAGAGUGAGCCGUUUGCUGGCCCCUGCAGGCCCUGGCUGGCCGGUGCUCUCUCUGUGCUCAAAAAGCGUGGAGCUGUUUGGCCUUCGCGAUUUGUACACACCAUUGGCGCAGCUGUCUGCGCGGGUGCUCCACUUCCAGGUGGCACCAGCGCUGCCAGCACCCACUGACCCAUCUCUACCUUCGCGCCUUGUGUGCGCCUGUGCAGAUGGGUCAGUCUAUGUGGUGUCGGCUGUAACUGGAUGCACAGUGAGCUCACUGAUGCUAGAGCCAGAGGACUGUGCAACUUCGGUGGCUUAUUGUUUGUCCAGAGAAGCACUUUGGCUGCUGACACGCUCAGGGCACCUAGUACGUGUCAAUGCAGCACGCUCUCCCAUGGUCGUGCAACAUCGCCUGCCCUCACCUGCACCCCCGGCACCACAGCCCUGCUGCCUGCAUCUCUAUAGCCACCUCAUAGAUGCUCGAAGCGCAUUCACCUGUUGGGAGAUUGUGCGCCGGAAUCGAGGUGACUUGUGCCGCAGCACCAUCGCCUGGGCCUGGAAGAACAAAAAUAGGUACCUGCCGAUGAUGGGACACACAGAUGGCACUCUGUCAGUUCUGGAUUGGCGCUCAUCAGUGACAGUCUUUUGUACAGAAGCACAUAGUCCAGGUCCAGUGACUGCUAUUGCGUCUACCUGGAACAGCAUUGUGACUUCAGGUGGAGAUCUGACUGUAAAGAUGUGGCGAGUAUUCCCAUAUGCGGAGGAGAGCCUGAGCCUGCUGCACACAUUCUCUGGUUGCCACCCAGUGGUCAUGCUCUGUGCCCUGGACAAGCGUGUCACUGUAGGAUUUGAGGACCCAGAGAGUGCCACCUAUGGCCUGGUACAAUUUGGCUUAGGUGACAAGAUGCGCUAUGACCACCGGCCACAGGAUGACCCUAUGGAUCACAUCACUGGCCUGUGCUGCUGCCCCACCCUCAAGCUCUAUGCCUGUUCCAGCUUGGAUUGCACUGUUAGAAUCUGGACCUGGGAGAACCACCUGCUACGGCUCCUGCAGCUGGAUGGUCCUCCUCAGGCCCUGGCCUUCUCCAGCAACAGUGGGGACCUAGUGCUGGCGCUAGGUUCCCGCCUUUGCCUGGUGUCCCAUAAGCUCUACCUACCCACAUCCUAUCUGGUUAAGAAACUGUGUCAGAAGGCCCCUGAUGUGGUGUAUGACCCUCCGCUGCCACUGACCAGCCAGAAGCCACUGACAUCCGCCCAGUUGCAGAGGCUUUCCAGCCUGCACGGGGCAGAUAGCCUCAGUGCAGCUAUGCCCUUCAUCCAUCACCACACAGCAACACUUCAGCAGCCAGUGUUGAAGGAGGACUUGGAGGAUCUGAUGGCCCGGGAUCAAGACCUUCAGCAAUUGAGACUUGGGCUAGUGGUCCCAAAAGAAUGGCCCCCACCCUCCUGGAAGCUGCGCCAGGAAGCUUUUGACAACUACCUACAACUGAUCUAUGGCCCUGACCUGCUUGACAUAAAAUCUGGAAGAGAAUCUGGGCAGUGGGGCACCGGGGCCACCAACACAGAGGAAGAGUCCCAGGACACGUGGGACCAGACCAAAGCUGCCACCUAUAUUGGGCAGGCUUCAGUCAGCAUGGAAGCUGAACCAGUUCCCACACGCCUAGCCCCACAGACCCCAGGGGCCCCAGGCAGGCACUUUGCCUGCCCUCCCCAUGUCUCCUUGCCCAUUCCACCCACCCACCAGAAUGUGCAUAGCCGAGCGUCCCAGCUUCUAGCACAUUCUUCUUUGAGCUAUGAUCUGGGCCUCAGUCUGGAUCUGCAGCUUCAGUGGGAUGAGACUGCAGGGAAGACCAUGAACCUGAACACAUCCUCCAUCCUCAAGCAUAGGGCUCCACUGUUGCUGCAGAGACAGCCCACGGAGCCUCCCUCAAACCUCGGGGGCUUCUUUCCUGACACCAUAAAGUCCCACAUGCACUGCCCACGGCCCAUCAGCUUCCCUGGUCAUGUGCCCAACUCUGUGGUACUGCAGCGGAUGUGGUUCCACGCAGAGCCCAGUGGAAGCCAGGAUGACCUGUGGCUAAAGCACCGCAGGUUUUCCACUGCCAGGUGGCGGAGGAAGCUGAUCCACUGGCUUCCCAGGGAAGGGGAAGAGAAGGAGGAAGAGGAAGAGGAGGAGGAAGAAGAGGACUUGGAGCACUUGGAGGAGCUAGAGAUGGACUGGAUCUCUUCUCCCAUGAUUUCUGAUGAACAGCUAGAAGUAUUGGAACCAGACGCUGGAAGCUCACCAGACUUGACCACAAAACCCUCCAAAUCCCAUGAAGCCCCCAAGACCAAGACCCACAUUGGUUCCCUGCACCACCGUGGGCACCAGCUCUGGGGAGAGCGCAAUGGGCGUUUGCCCAGGCUCCUGCAUUUUUUCAUUGUUCAGAACUGGUUCAAAAAGCUGUUCCCCAUCUUCACCUUGGAGGCCUACCCAGAGAUGGGCACAGUGGAGGGCCUGGCCUUGAUGUUUGUGGACUUCCUAGAACAGGCCACCUGGCCAGAUCGAGUGCAUAUUCUAAAUGCCCUUUUGAGGCUGUUGCCUGAUAUGAGCAGCAACCUCUGCAACCAGCUGAAGGAAAAACUCUUGUACUUGCUCAACCUAGACCAGCCCCCCAGUCUCCAGGAUCAGACUCAGAAGCAGUUUGUGAUGCUGGCACUGCAGCUGCUCCUGGCCUGCACCCUGGAGUCUCGAGAUGUUGUGCUAGAGAUUAUGUCCUACUUCCUCUACUCUCCAGCCAAUUGCCAGAAGGAGCUCAAGAGUCUGCUCAAUGGGCUGGGCCUCCAUGACCCAGAGGGCUUCCUGUUCAAGGAGAUGAUGACCUGGGUUCAGGGUGCCAACCUUGGCUCCAAGGCCAUGCUUCGUAUACAGUGUCAACAGAAGCUGGAUGACAUGAUCCUCCAGGUCUGGUGGGCCAAUGGUUGGGUGGCCCACCGAAUGGGAACCUGUCAUCUCCUCCAUGGGUCUCCCAAAAGUCUUAGAGAGGAAGCUCAGUGGUGCUCACAGGAAUGCCCUGGGUUUUCUCCAACCAGAACAUCUCUUGCAGUCUCCCUGUACAGGAGAAUGCUGCAUGGGGUGGGGGGGUGUCCAGAUGAGACCCCCCCGGGACUGGGGAUGGAUAUCUUGGAGCACUCUGCCACCAGUUCUUCUCUGGAGCCUCUCAGGGAGGUCUCCUCCCAAGCCUCGCCUAUCCCUGGGGCACCCUUGUGUACCAUGAGCAUCUCUUGGACACCUCGAGUGUCAGAAGUGCCCUUUCGUGUUCCAGAGGUGACAGUGUCACCUGUGCCUUCACCGGUGGAGUUUAAGGCAUCAGUCUUGGAACUCCAGGCCCCAAGCACCCUGGUGCAUAUGCGCACCCUGCGGACCAAACGGGCACUGCCUGAAUCGCUGAUGCCCUUCUGCACUGUGCCGGAGACCUACUUGCAUGGGCACCAGGCUACUACACUGAAUAUUAGGCCACUGCCACUGGAGCAGACUGAAUGGUCACACUUGCAGAUGCUAGACUUGUGCCAUAUUGAUGCGCUCAAUUUCUUCUGUGAGAAGCAGCGGGUGCAGCAGCUCGGCUUGAUAGAGGAUGAGUGCUUGACUCUUUCACCCCUGUCCCUGUCCUGGCGCCAAAUGAGACCCAACACUGUGAUACGGCCACCCAGGGACCAUUGGCUCUGCCCCAUUCUCCGGCUGCAGGAGGCCAAGACACAGAGCUUUGGGAUGGUGCUAAGAGGCAAGCUGUCCCACCGGGCCCCUGCACGUGAAGGCUCAAUCCGGAUGUUGAAGCUGCCGCUGCCCCGGGUGGAGUUGCAGCCCUUCCCUCCAGGCUGGCCCGCACCCCAACGGGCGCUACCUCCGUUGCUCCUGCAGCCUGCACUGCAGCGCUAUUUUCUGCCCCAAGAUUCGAACCCUGGCACUUACAACUGACCUGGCAGAUGACCAAGGCCUAAUGUCCACCAUCUACUUUCCUCCUCUCACCACCUCAGCAAGUCACAAUAUGACUCUUGUCCUUCUUUGCACCUGGCAGAGGCCCUUAAUCUGGAAUAAAGUCCAGAGACUUUGGCAAGCA